AUGAGACCCUCAAGCCUGAUAUCGUGUCUUCGAGGAGCACUAUGUGCUUGCGGUAAAGUUCAAAUGAUAAUGACACAGCGUGGAAAAACCCGUUUAAUGGUGAAAAACUACACGUUCUACAAAGCAGCGGUAACGAAACGAGGCAUUCGCUACAGUUGUACGAAUAAUAGGCAUUGUCGGGCUAAUGUGAUACUAAAUUUGGAGGAAACUGAGAUUUUAGACUUUAUUGGAACUCAUACACAUAAGGCACCCAACUAUGUGGUCGAUGGCCUAGCCCACAUAAUCACGGUCAGGAACGGAAAGAAAUUCAUCAUGCUAAAUGGCUACACGUUCUGUCGUCAGACUCAAUUGAAAUCCGGAACCCGGUACACGUGUACACAAACUUCGAUAUGUAGGUCAUACUUAGUUGUGUCAGAUGCUGGCAUGAUCAUAAAGGCUGUUGAGAGACAUGACCAUAAGAAACCAACGUAUCAUAUGUCGUCUGAUGGGGUUUUCUUUAAAAUAUAG